UUACUUUUCCUUUCGCUUUUUCAUCCCUUUGUUAUCCGAAUGGCUGCUUCAGAGCAUUCUUCCACUGACGAAGUCUUGGAGAACCUUCAAGAGGAAACCAGCAAAGAAUCAAAGCUAGAAUUUUCCAGCGAUGAGGAAGAGUUGAUUACCAGAAUGUAUAAUCUAGUUGGUGAAAGGUGGGCUUUGAUAGCUGGGAGGAUCCCAGGAAGAACAGCCGAAGAAAUCGAAAAGUACUGGACUGCCACAUACUCAACAAGUGACUGAAAUGAAGUUAACGUUAGCUUCAUAGAGUACAAUUAUAUUGGUCAUCUGCAAGUUUUCCUUCAACACCUUCUCUAUUUAUGACAGUCUUUGCCUUUGAUUCAGCUCAUUUCAGACUUUAUUGUGUCACGGUGUCUGUGUGAAUGUAGUAGGCAUGUUACUCUUAUCAUGAACCGAUUCACAAUCAUUGUGUUUCAGUA